AUGGCCUAUGAGCCUCGUGGUGAUCAUGGCGGCGGCGGUGGAGGUCAAGGCCAAGAUGGAGCAUUCGUCAAAGUCAGGGGACGACGACCUGUGACUGACUAUGGUGCUACUAUCACACAUUGGCAGCACGAUCGUGCCCCUGGCUACAAGGGAGGCUAUACUGGCGAAGCUGAGAGGCCUAGCGCCAGCUACAUAGUUGAUAUGCUCCCCCCUGCAGCUCGAGUCACAAAAGCUGCCGACAGUAUUCCCAUCAAACACCUUCACUCUUCCCUGAAUAAAAUUAAACAUCCCAUCAACGUGGUGCGAUGGACACCAGAAGGCCGAAGAUUAUUAACAGCGUCAACUAGUGGCGAGUUUACUCUGUGGAAUGGUACUGGUUUCAAUUUCGAAACUAUUAUGCAGGCUCACGAUUCUGCUAUCCGAGCUCUCGAGUACUCCCACAGUGACGAUUGGCUUAUUUCAGCUGACCACGAUGGUGCUGUCAAGUACUGGCAACCAAACUUCAACAACGUCCAGAGUAUCAAUGCGCAUACAGAUCCCAUCCGAGAUCUUGCCUUUAGCCCAAGUGACUCGAAAUUCGUCACUGCCAGUGAUGACUCAACCCUCAAGAUCUUCGACUUUGCCUUGGGACAGAUGGAAUCGAAGCUCGAGGGCCACGGAUGGGAUGCAAAGAGUGUGGAUUGGCAUCCGACAAAGGGCUUACUGGUGUCUGGUUCCAAAGAUCAUCUUGUUAAGCUUUGGGAUCCUCGAACCAGUCGCUGUCUAACAACUUUGCACGGCCACAAGAGUACCAUCACCAAAGUACUGUUUGAAAAGGUCCGUGGUGCCUGUCUAGCAACAUCCGCGAGAGAUCAGACUGCACGCGUGUUCGAUCUUCGCAUGAUGCGAGACAUCUGUUUGCUCAAGGGCCACGAGAAGGACAUUUCUACUCUUACAUGGCAUCCUGUCCAUCCUAAUCUUCUCAGCACUGGUGGUAUGGACGGUUCGCUCUUCCACUACCUCCUCGACUCUCCCAACCCACCUCCUGGCCAAUCCUUUACCGUUGCACCUUAUGACAGUCCCGAUCCGACCACAGUACCUGCGCAGUCAGUGUGGCCGACGCACAAGGUCCCGUAUGCGCACGACUAUGCCAUCUGGUCGUUAGACUGGCAUCCUCUUGGUCAUAUCCUAGCCUCAGGUUCAAACGAUCGUAUAACGCGCUUCUGGAGCCGAGCUCGACCAGGCGACGCGGAAGUUUUCCAGGAUCGUUACCAUAUUGGAGAAGCAGCCGCAGAAGCCCAAGGGACAUGGGAUCGCCGUGGUGGUCGCCGACAGCGACAAGAAGAGGAGCAGCAGGAGAUGGAAGACGAGAUGGAUGCCUUGGUCGACCAAGACGCCCCGAAAGCCGGCGUUCCUGGUCUCCCUGGCAUUCCUGGUCUUCCCCUUGGUGGAUUACCCGGCCUUGGAUCAGCUGUACCGCCGCCUCCUAUUCCUGGUGUCGGUGCGGGUGGCCCUCCACCACCUCUACCAUUCCCCUUGCCCGGACUCAACGGCGGUUUACCACCACCACCUCUGCCCGGUCUGGAUCCCAACAAUCCCCCAGACCCAGCUCAACUGCUUGAGCUGAUGAAAAAGGCCGGCGUGCCCCUACCACCACCUGGAGCGCUGCCCCCAGGUCUUCUACCACCCGGUGGUAUACCUCCACCACCAGGGGGCUUCGGCAUGCCGAUCCCUCCUCCUCCCAUGUCUGCUCUCGAGGCUGAAAAGGCAGAGAAUGUUCGGCGAAGAGCUCCUUUACCCAGUCAAGAAGAUAGUUUGCGGCACGAACAACGACAGGGAAAAUACACGAGGGCGAGAUAG